GAGAAUCCCAAUUGAAUCAACAACAAAAAAAGAAGAUUUUUCUCUUCUGGCGCCUUUUUGCACCGGGACGUACUUCUUCAAACUCUUUCUUCGUCUUUCUCAGAGCCAAACACGUCUCUCUCUCUCUCCGUUAACUUGGUUCUCUUUUUGUUUGAGAAUUCUCUUGGUUUUCUUGGUCCAUGGAGGACAUGACCGACGCGGUGGUGCCUGAGGGAGUGGUGGGCUCAGGAGAAGGGUCUUCGGGCCCAAUGGGGUUGGAAGGACGGCCUAGGAAUGACGGGGUCGAUGGGGACAGAGGGCCGGGCUUGGGCGCAGAGAGCGCUGGGCCCGUCGUGGUAGUGGGCUCAGGAGAAGAGUCUUCGGGCCCAAUGGGGUUUGAAGGCGCGGUGAAGAAGAGGAAGGGACGGCCUAGGCAGUACGAGUUCUAUGGGGACAGAGUGGGCCUUUCGUCUUCAAUGCCUGAGAGCCUGCCCAAGCGGGGCCCAGGAAGGCCUCCAGGUCCUGGUAGACGGCAGUUCUUGGCUUCUAUGGGUGACUUUGCUGCAGAAACAGCAGGAGGAGAUUUCACCCCUCAUCUAUUCACUGUACACACUGGUGAGGAUAUCGUUAGUAAGAUAUCGUCAUUUUUUCAGGGUCCUCGGGUAGUUUGUAUUCUUGCUGCUACUGGUGUGCUCUCCAGUGUUAUAAUUCACCAUCCUCCUGCUUACGGUGGUCGUAUGAAAUAUGAUGGUCCCUUUGAGAUUUUGAGCUUGUCUGGAUCAUAUACAUUUUCUGAAACGGGCGGUGUACGUGGGAGAAAUGGCAGUUUAAGUAUCUUAAUGUCUAAACCUAAUGGCCAGGUUUUUGGUGGUGGUGUCGCAAGUGCACUGAUUGCGGGCGGACCCAUUGAACUCACUGUUUCUAGUUUUAAGCAAAACAUCAGUAAGGAACUCAAAAGGAGGCGCUCAGCUGAGUCCACCGCGGCUGCCAGUAUUCCUAGUGCUUCGGAUUUGGUAAGAGCUCCCAGUCAUAUUUCUAAAAUGACUGAUGGUGAUGAUAGUGGCGCUACACCGACAUCUACAUUCUCGGAACCAGUCCGUGGAGGAGCAGUUGGUUUCUUUGAUUUGAAUCAAAACAUGGACCCACCUCCUCCAUGUCCAUUGCAUCAAAUACCAGUCAAAAGACCAUUCCCUGACAUCAAUGCUAGUCUCCCUUAGAUACUAAGGUCUCUCUUUCUAUCUGUGCGCACGGGGGGCCUGUGCGUGUGCGUGUGGACCAGUGUUAACACGCACACACAAGCAUCACAUGACGAUGACAAUUUGUUUGAUCUGUUAGGGUCUUAGAUUAGUGGUUUACAGAGGCUGACUGGAGAAAUUGAAAGCAGCUUACUUUGCAUUAGUGGCAGAUGAAGAUGCACAACUAUAUUUUCCAAUGAGUUACUAUAUCUGGGAUUUACUAAUUUUUGUUGUUCAUAUCAAAGCAGAUCCUAUUACUUCCUGGCUUAAAGAUCUCCAAUGGGGGCAAUUACCCCACUCAAUUUUUUAGAAAAUUUUGAAAA